AUGCAACUCCGCGCUCUUACUCUUUGCUUGGCUACGGCUGCGUCAGCGCUUCCCUUGGCAUCUGUCAAAUCCUAUGCAGUAAAUGCGGAUGUUGUCAGAAGCAUCGAUGGGAGCCUGACUUCUAUCGUUAUUGCCCAGCGCGUUGAAGGCGACUCACCUAUCGGUAUGGCUAAACGUGGAAGCCAGGCAGAUGCUUCUAUGGACAUUGCCCGACGUGUUGAUAUGAGCGACCCAUCUAUUGAUAUCGCUAAACAUGGAAGCGAUGCAGAUGCUUACAUCGACAUUGCUCGGCGUGCCAACCAGACCAAGCCCUCCGUUGAUAUCGUGUGA